AUCUACCCUCCAACAAGGAAGUUAAAAGGACUCCAUAUUUACAGCAAAGACAGUGUAACCGGGUGCAAAGUUUCGACUGUCAUUUAUUUUGGCUUUGGAAGCCUGAUUAGUGCCUUUGUGUUAACAAACGUUCAGUAACGUGAACAAGGAAAUGGUAUUUGAAGAAGGAAAGGUGUGACGAUGUCAACAUUCGGUCCUGCGAACAAGUGUUUGUGUUUGUGUUUUGGUGUCAUGCUCCUUGUUUAUCAGUCAGCUUGCCAAGGAAGCAUUGACUGCGGUUUUGAAUCUCAGAAUGAUUUUUGUGGCUGGAACACUUCAAGAGUACCAUGGCAAAGAUCUAAUACCGGGACAGAGACUCCGGGUACUGGACCAGACUUAGGACGAAACGGCUACUAUGUAUAUUUAGAUGCCGAUGACUUCAAAGACAGUGGCAACAUAGUUCAACCUGGAAGGUGUGUUAUGCUGAGUCCGGCUUUUAACACCACUUCCAGAGGAGGCUGUUUCGAGUUUUGGUACCACAUGAAAGGUUCUGGCAUUGGUAACCUCUCUGCAACAGUUGUAGAAGAUUCACCAACAUCAUCGAUCAUGAAGUGGGAGAGAAAAGGGUCACAGGGUUCUCAGUGGAAUUGCGGAUUUUUUACCCUCAACGGAAACAAGAAUAACAUAAAGAUUGAAUUGACGGCAUGGUCUGGCGAUAAUAUUCUGGGGGAUAUUGCUAUCGAUGAUCUGAAGUUGUUGGAUGCAGCAUGCACUGAAUCCUGUGUUGAUGUCACGACAACACCAACGACAACGUCAUCACUUAUUAGCAGUACUACGCUGCCUGCAUCCUCAUCACAAAAUACGACUGCUUCGCCUGUAGAUGCUACGACACCAUCAUCGGGAUUAUCAGAUCUGACAAGGAUGAUUAUCUACAUCAGUGUAAUUCCUGUUGGGGUACUUUUCAUUGGAGUAACUGUGGCCUGUAUUUGCUAUAGGUCAAGGAAAGGGAAGGAAGUAUAUAAGCCAGACAUUGAGGUGAAUCACACCAACGAAGGAUUUGAUGAAAACGGCGAGGAGGUCUACCACGAACUGGACGACAACACUAUGCUUGAAAACGCUCAUAAUGAUUAUACUGUUCCUACGAGUACAUUACCCUCCAACAAAGAUGGUGAUACCAUCCAAUAUGCCUAUUCAACCUCUGGAGCAGCUAAUGCCUUUAGGGAAAGUAAAGCAGAAGAUCCAGAUGCUGGGGCGUACACACGAUUACAACGUCCCACAGACGAGGAUGCUGCUUCUGUUGACAGCAAUUACCUCGAACCUGUAGCUGGCCCCGAUGACGGUAGUAGUGGCAUUGCACGGAACCUCGACAACAGAGAUUCAUUGGACACAUUUCAUUCCGGGAUAGACAGAGAUGGGGGCAGUGUUCCUCAUAGUCCAGACUGGUUAAACCAGAAUGUCCCAACACCAAAGCAAUGUGGACCACUUUAUCUAACAGCAAUCCAUAAGCCAUAGGUAUUUUAUUGAUGUGCAAAUAUACUUUUCUGCUUUGAGCCAAUGUGUGUUUGGGGCGGUUGGGUAGCUUAGUGGUUAAGGCGUUCGUUCGUCACGCGGAUAACCCGGGUUCAAUUCCUCAUAUGAGCACCAUGUGUGAAGCCCAUUCCUGGUGUCUCCCGCCGUGAUAUUGCUGGAAAAUUGUUAAAAGCGGCGUAAAACAAUAAUCACUCACUCACUAUGUUUGUUUAUUAUAUUCAAAAGUAUACGGUGUUCAAUAACUAAAUACGAUUGGAUAAAGAACUAUUUUGUAAGGAGUCUUUUUUGUAUUGGGACAGGCAUAAUGAAAUUAAAAGAAGAAAGUUCAGCCAAACAUCGUUGUAUCGAAGUUGGAGGGACAUACGUAAACACUUCGAGCUAACCAAGACCCGGCACAAACGCUUAAUCCUUUGAGGAAACUCAUUAAAGUUCGACACAACGGGUUUUGGCGGCUGUUAUUAUAAUUUCAGCAGAUGAAGGAAUCAUAAAAUGCCAAGUUUGGCAACCUACCCCACUGGAAACAUAAUAACGUUUAUUACAGAAAAACGAUUGAAUACAAGCGUCAAUACAAGGGAUUAACCAGUCAUCAAAUUAUAAAAUACGAAAAUAUAUAAUACUUCUGCUUUGUGCUUAAAAGAUAUUAAACCGGUACAAGGAUUCGUGUGUAUUCAAAUCACAAACUUUCAUGAUAACUCCUGUCGCCUUGAAAUCAGUCCUAAAAGAGACGACUGAAUGAUCCCGAAAA